AUGGACCCUAAAGAAAAAGCUGAAAGAUGGAAUGAAUAUUUUAUUGAACUGCUGAAUGUGGAUAUUCCAGCGAAUUCAACGAGGGAGGAAAACCUUUAUGAUGUAGACCCAAUGGUGACUCGGGAAGAAGUAAACAAAGAAAUAAAAGGUUUUAAAAAUAAGAAAUCGCCAAGAUCGAAUGUGAACUCAAUGUAAAGGCUGAACUCAUUAAAUAUAGUGGAAAAGAGAUGCAACACUUCCUUUUUAGGAUAUGUCAAAAGGUUUGGAAAGAUGAACGCAUGCCAAAAAGCUGGAACGAAGCCAUAAUCAUACCGAUAUACAAAAAAAGGCGAUAA